AUGGGCGCGGCCUGCUCGACCGAAGGGCGCGAUGAGGCAGAGGCUGCGCAAGCUGCGGCGGGCAAGGGCAGAGAGGGCAGAGAGGGCAGAGGAGCACCAAGAGAAGCUCACACCGUAAGGCACUGGCACGAGAAGAUGAUGAUGUCAGCAGCGUCUCAAGCCGUGUUUGAGGCUGCUCAGCGGGGUGACUCUCGUAAAGUUCACACAGCGUUGAAGGCGCAUGGCGACCCGAACUGCGUGAACUUUGCUGGAUACAACGCCUUGAUGCUUUCGGUGGCAGGUGGCUAUAUUGAGGCAUUCUCAUGUUUUUCCGGAAAUGAGGCCAGCGCUGACCCGAAUCGAGGAAUUUCAGGAGUGGCACCCUUGAUGAUUGCGCGGCAUUUCUUAGGUGUCUCGAAUGCUGAUCAAUUGUGGUGCUGCAGCGACCGGAGCCUGCGAAGCGAUGGGCAGGACUGCUCUUCAUCGGGCAGCAGAGCGAGGCCAUGCAGAGAUCGUCCGUUUGCUGGUCCAGGCCGGCGCUUCUGUGGAUAUUGGUGA